GUUUCGAGAAAAUAAAUCCUAAAUAUAGUUUAGCAACCACACAUCAGCUACGGGAACAAUGUCGCAGUUUGGUGGCACAAAAAACCCACCGUGGGCAAGACCCCAAGCAGUGACAGACUAUACAUCUGUAACAGCGACCUCAUCCAUGAACAGUUUGCCUCAGUCUCAGGUUGCCACCCCUCUCAUGCAGCAGCAGCAGGUCCAGCCCAUGUAUGGUAUGGCUAAUGCUGGCCAGAGUGUGGUCAACCCACAACAGUACACAGCUCAGCAGCUUCUAGGUCUACAAGCACAGCAACAAGCCGCAGCUGCCCUACAGCAGCAAGCACAAGUUAUCCCACAGCCAGGUAUUGCCAUUCCAACAACUCUAGCAACCACACAGGUUGCCACAGUCAGUUAUCCAGCCCCCCGAGCAGCCGCUGUGCAGGCCAAUCAGCCAAAACAGCGGGUAUUUACAGGCACCAUCACCAAACUACAUGAUAACUUUGGAUUUGUAGAUGAGGAUGUAUUCUUUCAAACAAGUUGUGUCAAAGGGUCAGCACCAAAGGUGAAUGACAGAGUUUUAGUUGAAGCUAGUUUUAAUGCAAACAUGCCAUUUAAGUGGAAUGCGACUAGAAUUCAAGUUCUACCUAACCAGAUGAGCUCUCAGGGCAAUCAGCAUGGUCUUAACAAACCUGUAUUUGGAGUACAGCAGGGAAACCAGAUAGGAGGGUUUACAGGCCAGCCUGCACCACAACCACUAAUGCAGCAAGGGUUUAAUGAUUCUUUAAUACCAAGGACUGCAGGAAAUAUCAGAAGGAAUGAAAGAUUUGAUAGAGAGAGAGAAAGGAAAAGGGACAGGGAGAGAAGGGAAAGAAAUGAUAGACCCCCUGCACCAAGAAAGCGAUCAAGAUCAAAGUCACCAACAAAGAGAGCUGAAAGUAACAGUCAUCAGAGAAGCCCAGCUAGAAGGAGGCCUAGAAUUGUGCCUAGAUAUGUUGUACAAGUGCCAAAACUCUCUUUUGAUAUGAAAGAGGCCAAUGUAAUUUCAUUGAAAUCAAGAUACGGUAAUCUGUACAUACCAAGUGACUUCUUCAAUGCCAGCUUUGAGUGGACAGAAGCUUUUCCUUGCUACAGACCUUUUCAAAUGGGAAACCACUGUGGCUUCCAUGUCAUGCACAAAGAUGUUGAAGCACUUGGUGCAAAUGAAUCAGUCCUUGACCCACCAGAUGCAGACCACCUCUUCAGUGCUAAGGUAAUGCUGUUGUCUUGUCCGAGUCUUGAUGAUUUGUAUCACAAGUCUUGUGCAAUGGCAGAGGACCCCCCAGAUGUACAGGAAGGAUUUGUCCACCCCACCAGACUUAUUCAUUUUCUGGUAGGACUCAAAGGAAAGAAUGAAACAAUGGCAAUUGGAGGACCUUGGUCACCAUCCUUAGAUGGACCGAAACCAAGAGAAGAUCCUCAAGUUCUGAUCAGGACAGCCAUCCGGACUACAAAGGCAUUGACUGGCAUCGAUCUAAGCAGCUGUACGCAGUGGUACCAGUUUGCUGAGGUGCGAUACCUACGACAAGAGGAGAUGCACAAGGGCAAAUUGGUUCCAGCCCAUGUAGAAACCACAGUCAUAUUUUUACCUGAUGUGUGGAGCUGUAAUCCUACCCGCCUCGAGUGGGCAACUUUGCAGGCAGCUUAUAAAAAGCAACUCCAGAAAAAAGUAGCAGCCGUGAGCAAAGAAGGAGGCAAAGAGGCAAAUUCACAGGAAGAGGAGGAUGCAGAUGGAGAAGUCAGUGUGGACAAUAAGGAGCCAACUCAUCACUCAGAGCUAGACCCCAAAACCAUGAAGAUAAUAGACCUAAGAAGAGAACUGGAAUGUAGGUCAGUGAGUUCUAAAGGACUGAAGUCUCAACUGAUAGCUCGCUUGACUAAAACCUUGAAGUCUGAGCUAGAGAAGGAAGAGGAACAAGAGGCCAUGGAAGGGCAGAACACAGAAGUUAGUGAGGAAGUGAAGAAGAACUUAGAAGCAGCUGAUGAAAAGUCUGAUGAAAAGAAAAAGGAGCAGGAGGAGGAAAAAAAGAAAAAAGAGGAGCGAGAGAAAGUUACCCUGGAGAGGAGAUAUGCACUGCCGGACAACCCUCUGAUCAUCGUCCACCCAAACGCUGUAGCUAAGGGAGGCAAGUUUGACUGCUCCCUGAUGUCCCUUAGUGUGCUUCUGGACUACAGACCAGAGGACAACAAGGAACACUCAUUUGAGGUUUCAUUGUUUGCUGAAUUGUUCAAUGAAAUGCUGAUGAGGGAUUAUGGAUUUGAAAUAUACAAGUCCUUAAUCAGAGCCCCAGAGAAAAAAGAGGAAGAGAAAAAGGAGAAGAGAUUAGCUGAUGACAAGUCUAACAAGGAUGCAAGUUCUUCUAAAAAGAAAAAAACAGAUGAGAAGGAAAAACAAGAUUCUAGCAAAAAGGAAACUAAGGAAGGUAAAGAAAAAGAGAAAAAGAAGGAAGAUGACAAGAAAGAUCAAGAGAAGAAGGAUGAAGAUGAAGAUGAUGAUGAUGAAGGCAAGAAAGACAAAGAUAAAGACAAGAAGAGAGAGAAGAAGAAGUACCAGACGAGGGAUCCAGCCCUGCUGUUAGCGUUCACAUACUUUGAUCAGAACCACACUGGCUACCUGCUGGACAAGGAUGUAGAGGAGAUCAUCCACACAAUUGGUCUGCAACUGUCUAGAGCUCAGGUUAAAAAGCUGGUGCAGAAGGUAGUAACUAGGGAUGCCCUGAAUUAUCGUAAGAUUACAGACAAGCCCGUGCCAACCCCCGGAGAAAAGGAGGAAUCAGCUACAGAAGAAAAGGAACUUAAGAUUGCUGAUAUUGUUAGACUAUCCAAGGGCAACAGUGAAUACCUUCCUGGUCACUCAUCCAUGAAAUCAGAAUCUGUGGAUCAGAAGAUAGAGAAGAAAUCUCCUGUGUCCCAGGAUGCAAAGGAAGUCCAGGGUCACAUGAUCACAUACAAGGGAGCCAUGGUAGAUCUGGAGAGCUUAAUGGGAAGGUUGGAGAGGAGUGAGAAGACAAGGGCAGAGAUGGAGAAACAAAUGAUGGACGUCAACAAAGAAAAAGAUCUAAUGAAGAAAAGUAUUGAUGCCAAAGAUGAGAAAAGUGAGAAAAUGUCAACUGAACUGAAGAAUUUAAAACAAAAGUUGUUGGUACAAGAGAAAAUUACCAAUAACUCUGAGUCCACUGGUAAAAAGUACCUCUCUGCUCUGGUAGAGUCUAGAGAACAUCUGAAUGCCAUGUUAUCAGCCAUCACCAAUGCCCUGGGUGAAAAAGUGACUGGUGAGGAUACAAAAAAGGAAUCCGAGUCCAAUGGAAAUUCAUGAUGUCAGGAAAUGCAUAGAUUUGAUAGUAAUUCAUAGUUUCAUAGGACAGGUUCUCCAUUUCAUUGCAUUGAUGUGCAGAAGGAUAUGAAAGAAAUCUGUAUGCAGGCACACAUUUACAGUAUUUGAGUGAUAAUAAAAAAAGUGAGAAGGUUAGAGUUGGCAUGGAAUGAAGAACUAUGAUUACAAUGCAUAUUGUGGUUUGUGCUGUGUUCAUUUCAUUAUUUGAAUAUGAUCAUUUUAUACAUGUAUCUUGAACUAUUUCAAGAAUUUUUUAUCAUGCAAUUUGCCAGUUAUGAAUUAAAUUGCAAAUAUACAAAGAUCUUCUAAUUAAAAAAAAUAUUAAAAACA